UGACAUCGUAUUUUUCGAUAUCGCGAAAAACUUUCGACCAAACUAGUCGACAUUAAACAUUUAUCGAAACCGAAUCAAUUUCGCAUCAACAAUUUUAUUCAAAAUGAAGUUUCAAUUCGUUUUAUUACUUUAUUACGGGGUGUUUUCGCAAACGCAUCAAGUUCAUCACGAAUACAUUAGCCCAGAUUCCAUCCCUGAAUUGCAAUAUUUAAACCCCCAAAUUGACCCUUGCGAUAACUUUUACGAAUACACUUGCGGCAAUUUUAAAAAUAUCAACCCCAUUCCGGAGGGGAAAUAUAAUUGGGACCAUUUUACGAUCCUCCAAGAUGAAAUUCAUGGCUUGAUGAGAUUAAUUUUGGAGUCCCCGAGGAAACAAAGUGACCCCAUCGCUUUGCAAAAAGCCAAAGCGGCGUAUUCUUCGUGUUUAGACGUCGAUUAUUUGGAUAUGUUGAAAAUGCCGCAACAAGAAGUGAUGAAAGAGAUGGGGAUUUGGCCUUUAUUGGCUUUUGAUGGGGGGUAUUAUGGGAUUGGGGAGGAAAUUGAUUUUAAUAAAGUUGGGGAGAUCGUCGCGAAAUAUGGGGUCCCCUUAUUUUUUAAAUUUCAAGUUGUUUCGGAUUAUUUCGAGGCGGAAAAUAACACGAUUUAUCUUUCUAGAGAUGCUUUAUCGAACCCUCAAACUUAUUACCCAAAAUUCGAGCAAAAUCUUGAAGAUUACUUGGAAAAGCAGAUUACGAGAAGUACUAGAUCGGAUGAGGUGCUCCCGUUCGAAGAAUUUUUAAGGAAAAUGGCGUUGCAUUUGAGAAAUGUUGAGGGUACUUGGAGAAACGAUGACGAUAUUAAAUCCGAUAUAUCAGAAACAAUCAAUUUUAUGGUGAAAUUGCAAUCGGGCGGGAUUCCCAACGCAAAUUUGUCCCAGUUAACUUCAAUCGCGACCAUUUCGGAGCUACAAGAAUGGACCAACCAAAAUUUCGGGGAUAAAUCGAUCAACUGGAUAAAAUAUCUCCAAAACUUAUUCGCACCAUCAAAAGUAAAAAUCGUCGAUUCAAUGAAAAUCAUGUACUCCCCCUACCUAGUUUACGGCGUUUUAAAUUUAUUCCACCAAACGGAACAAAGAAUAUUAAAAAAUUUCAUUAUGGUGCGCCUCUUCACUUACAUGGCCCCCGAUAGCAGCAAAUUCAUGCGGGAAGCUUUCGACACUUAUUACCGCAAACAAAAUUACGACGUUUUCCCCCGUUGGGAAUACUGCUUAAGAAAAAUAAUCGGUUAUCCCAAUCGAAUCGAUUACAGCAUGGCUUUAACUUACGAGUACCAAAGGUACCACUUUAACAUAAAUAAAUUAUCGGCUGCCGCUGAUUUAGUCGACGAUUUAAUGGCGGCUUUUGAGGAUAUGCUUGAAGAAGCCGAAUGGAUCGACGCGAAAACGAGGGGGGAAGCUUUGUUGAAGUUGGAGUAUAUGUACACUUUGUUGGGGUAUCCGGAUUACGCGGAAAAUGCGGAGUUGUUGGAUGAGUAUUACGAUGAUUUGAGGGUUUGUACUUGGGAGCAUUUCGGAAAUAGUCAACGAUCCAGGUCGUUUGAGCAAAGCAAAAAUUUUGAGUUGAUUGAGAAAGAACGUAGCAGAGAAGUAUGGAAUCUUUCGCCGUUAGAGGUAAACGCUUUUUAUAAUAGACCCAAUAAUCGCAUUUUGUUCCCGGUAAGCAUGUUGAAUUCGGUUUUCUUCAGCGGAAAUAUAAGCACCUUAGACUAUGGUAGAAUCGGAGCCAUAAUUGGUCACGAAAUUACCCAUGGCUACGACAACGAAGGUCGAUCGUACAAUAGAGACGGCGUAUUAUCAGGUUGGUGGACCGAAGAGACCGAGGCAGCCUUCAACGAAAAAACCCAAUGCUUUUUGGAACAAUACCAAAAAUAUUACAUCGAAGAAUUGGGGGUGUACGUUAACUCGUCGUUAACUUUAAACGAGAACAUCGCCGACAACGGCGGUCUUCGCCAAGCUUACAAAGCUUUACAAAAGUUGCAGAAGAAGUCUUCGUCGAUUAAAACGACCGCAAAUUUUACAACCGAACAGUUGUUUUUUAUUGGAUAUGGAACGAUGUGGUGCAUGGCUGAAACUGAUUAUUAUCUCCAACAAAUGCACAAGACUAGUAAUCAUGCCCCCGGAAGAUUUAGAGUAAACGGUGUAGUUUCUAACAUGCCGGAGUUUGCGGAUGCUUUUAAUUGUCCGUUAGAUAGUAAUAUGAAUCCGGCUAAUAAAUGCGUUUUAUGGUAAAAAAAAAAUAAUGUCAAUGUUAUAUUAUGUACUUAAUUUAAAUUGUUAAAACGUAGAUGUUGAAUAAAAAAUUAAUUUC